AUGAUAAACAUUCGCACCUUUUGGACCGGAAUCAAAAGACUGUUGGGUGGUACGAUUUGUGGACUGAGUGCUAAAGAGGGAACAAUUGUGGCCGGAAUGUUCACGCUGAUUACAUCAACCUUGCACAUCAUCUUUGAAUCCGGCAAUUUACGCUUUUACAACACGGUGGUGAACCUCACAAGUUCAGAGGCUGUAAACAGUGCAUUUUUUAAGACUCUUGAUUUGUACUGUUACAUGUCAAUAGGCCUCAUUAGUGCAGGCAUCAUUGCAGUUUUUGUCCUGUUCUUGUCUGUCUGGAAGGAGCUUUUCUGGGGAGUAGGAGGCUACAUCAUAUGGAUCUUCUUGUACGAGAUUGCACAUAUUUCCCUCCUUGUUCUCUCUUUGCCUAACAGCGCAUAUUUUCCAAAAAGCAUGUAUGCCCUGGAAUGUACUGGGCUGGUCUUGCGUAUAUUAAUGCAGACCUACUGGCUUUUUUUCUUGACCAGGCACAUGAUGGAGCUGUACAGAUUCAACAGAAGGGCCGAGGACCCAUCAAAAAGUAAGAAGAAAGUCCCACCAAAACUCAAGUUUGGAACAGUUGUGGAGAUGGGGGUGUGA